AGAACCAUGUGAGAUCGUGGCUGAUAAAAUAAAUAAAUAAAAUAUUAACUUUAUCUCUCUGAAUAUAUAUUUUUAAGUGCUACCGUCUAAUAAAUAAACAAAAAAUGGAAACUGAAAAUAUAAGUGUCGAUGAGUUUUUGCCCGCAAAGAAUCCAAUCAAGCUCAAAAAUGUGAAGCGAAGAGCCGUGUCUGAAUCAGGGGAUGUUAUGGAAGUUGAAGAGCACAAUGGUAUCCAAGGGAAAGCUAAACACACACGGCCUAAAGCAAAGAGGUCGAAGAAAAACCAGGAACCUAACGAGACCAAAGUUAACAUGAGAAAAAUCCCAGUCCCCGCUCACAGAUACACCCCACUCAAAGAGGCCUGGCUGAAGAUCUUCACACCAGUCGUGGAGCACCUGUUCCUGCAAGUGCGGUUCAACACCAAGACGAGGAAUGUAGAGAUCAAGGUUGGCCCGGAGACUAAAGAUGUCGCCAACCUGCAGAAGGCUGCUGACUUUGUUAAGGCUUUCAUCUACGGCUUCGAAGUAGAAGACGCACUCGCGCUCCUCCGACUAGACGACUUAUUCGUGGAAUCACCGAAAUGUCAUAAAUUAUAA